AUGCGACUUCUUAUACCUUGCCUUACCCAGCCCCUAACCCCCUUGUUGCUGGGGUUGAUGACGACAACAACGGCUCAGUCCGUUGAUUAUUCACAAUAUGUAAAUCCUCUAAUGGGCUCUGAAGGCCCCAUGCCCGGGAAAGGCUAUGGAGGUGGCGACAUUUUUGUUGGUGGUGCUCGACCAUUUGGCGUAACCAAGGUUGGGAUUGACACGACGGCUGCAAACUGGUCGAUUGCAGUGCUUAACGGUGGCUGGACCCCUGAUGGGAAUGUUACCGCCAUUAGCAUGAUGCACGAGAGCGGGACUGGAGGCGCACCGAAAUAUGGGAUUAUCCCACAGAUGCCUCUCACCGACGUGGCGCCUCCAGUGAAUAUACUUGAUAACCUCACAUAUAGCCAACCGAGGGUCGGUCAAGACACUGCUAGUGUGGGCUAUUUCAAAACUCAAUUACAAAAUGGCGUUCAAGUGGAAUUAUCAGCAUCUCGCCACACCGGGAUAAUGCAGUACUCUUUCCCAAAAGGCGAGAAAUAUGUCUUAGUUGACGUCUCGCAUUACCUUCCUGGAUCACCAAAUGACCCGAAUGGCCAAUACUAUAUUGGUGGAGAAGUCCACGUCCAUGGAAAUGGUAAAGAAUAUAGUGGAUAUGGUACCUAUAUUGGCGGUUGGAACAAUGGCGCCCCGUUCACUGUCUACUUCUACGGGGAGUUUUCCGAAACCCCGGCAUCGGCCACUACAUUUACAGGUAGAAACACCGAUCCAAUGAGACAGUACCAAACCUUCUCGAAUGGGGGAAUGAGCUAUCCAACCUAUGGUAACAAGUCAGAUACGGCAAGCUCAGGGCCUAUGAAUGACCGGGUAGGCGCGCUCUUUAGCUGGGAUCUUGUGGAAGAGUCACAAAUCCGUUCAAGGGUCGGCAUCUCAUUCAUAUCCACCGAGAAAGCUCGCUCUUAUAUUCAAUCUGAAAUACCCUCGUGGGAUCUUAACGAUGCAGUGAAAUCGGCAGUAGAAGAAUGGAAUCAAGACGUCUUCAGUAAAAUAAGUGUGCCGCUUGAUAGUACCACGAACCAGACACACGUGCGACUACUGUAUAGCUCCCUCUACUUUAUCCACUUGAUGCCAUCCGAUAGGACCGGAGAGAACCCACUUUGGCAUUCAGAGGAGCCUUUUUGGGAUGAUUUCUACACUCUUUGGGACAUCUUCCGGUGUACAAUUAGCUUCUAUCAUAUCUUUCAGCCUUCUUACUAUGAAUCCAUGAUCCGGGGUCUUAUUGAUAUUUGGAGACACCAAGGCUUUCUACCAGACGGACGCUCCGGAAACUGGAAUGGAUUGGUUCAGGGAGGCUCGGAUGCUGACAAUAUGUUAGCUGAUGCAUACGUCAAAGGUCUUCGUGGCGCAAUCAACUGGACGGAUGGUUAUGCUGCGAUGAAAACAGAUGCUGAGGUUAUUCCUUACAAUACCUACGAUCCCACAGACUUCACCGCAAGCACGAAGGAAGGCCGCGGAGCCCUAAGAGACUGGAUUGAGCUAGGAUAUGUAUCGCAGGACCGGAACACACGUUGUAUUUCCAGAACUGUUGAGUACAGCCUUAAUGACUUCGCUCUCAGUCAGGUUGCAGCGGGCGAAAUGCCCAGUGAUCAGGAGAAGUACCUCAAUCGGUCUGCAGGGUGGCAAAAGAUUUGGAAUCCAGACGUGCAGAGUUUAAAUUUCACAGGGUUUGUGGCACCGAAAUUUUCCAAUGGCACCUUCAACAGUAGUGGAUACGAUCCGUUAUACUGCGAUGAGUGUGAGUGGAAGUCCUAUACUUAUGAGGGUACACCAUGGGAAUAUUCCUUUGUCAUCCCGCAUGACAUGGAGACACUGAUUGAGCUGAUGGGCGGCAUUGACACCUUCGAAUCCCGCCUAGACCUUAUGUUUAAACCAAACAUGUCUGUUCAAGAUUUAGGUUCCAAUGGUGCCGGUAUCACCACACUUAUCAACAUAGGGAAUGAACCUGAUUUCGCUACACCUUACCUCUACAACUAUAUCAAUAAACAAGCCAAGAGUGUGCAAAAGUCCCGCAGUCUUGGGUAUCAAUACUUCAAAGAUGCCCCUUACGGUGUCCCGGGAAACAGUGACGCCGGGGCAAUGAACUCAUGGCUUCUAUGGCAGAUGAUUGGGAUUUACCCAGUUGUCACGCAGCCCGUGUACUUGAUCUCGUCUCCAUGGUUUCCCGAUCUCAAUAUGACCAUUAAUGGAAAUCAGACCCUGCGGAUCACUGCGACAGGACUAGAUCAGGGGUAUUAUGUGCAAAGCGUGAAAAUAAAUGGCCAGUCUUGGCAGAAGAACUGGUUCGAGCACAAAGAUCUCAUGGAACAAGGUGGCAGCAUUGAGUUCGAACUUGGCUCUGAGAUGAAGGCCUGGGAGACCGGCAGCGUACCUCCUUCGCCGGGACACACGACGAUGUAA